AUGAGCACCUCGGAUUAUGUAUUGGUGGGAGACCACAACUUGUACUCAUCAACCGAUGCCAAUUCUCAGUGGAAGCAAAUUGCUGAAAUUGUGAGUCAUCCGUCCUAUGAUUCUAAUACACUGGACAACGACAUUGCCCUCAUCAGACUCACCACAGAAAUACAGUUCCCAUCUGACAACAAAAUCGCCCCUGUGUGCCUUCCAACAGCUGGUGAAAUGUAUGAUAAUGUGGAUGCCAUAAUCACAGGAUGGGGAGCUCAACAGGAGGGAGGAUCCACAUCCGGCACCUUGUUCGAAGUAACGGUACCCACCAUGACUAACAAUGAAUGCAAUAGCAAGUAUGGUGGAAGCAUCACUGCCAAUAUGAUCUGCGCAGGCAUUUCUGAGGGAGGCAAGGACUCCUGCCAGGGAGACUCUGGUGGACCAAUGGUGGUGGAAGAAAACGGCAAGUGGAAGCUGGUGGGAGUUGUGUCGUGGGGAUAUGGCUGUGCUCGACCUGAUAGGCCCGGAGUCUACGCCAGAGUUACACAAUACCUUGAUUGGAUUUCGACCUCGACCGGAGGUGUCUGUCCGGCGGCUGGUUAAUCCGUCCAUUGAAUAGACUAAUAGAAGCCUAAGCUGGUCCUUAGACGGCAUAGACAAGGAGUUGAGUUGCGGAUAUACUACCUUUAUUACUUACUUUCACGUUUUCUUUCAUUUGGCACAUUUAAGAAAAAAAAACCUUUUUUGAAAUAACUAAAAUAUCCGGAAGUGACAAUAAAUUGAGUAUAUUUCGAUUUGUUUU